CAAGUUAUUCGAACUUUAGUGGAAAAAGAAGCUGUCAAAAAUUAUUUGCCUCUGGCAAUUACUGCUGCCGUUAAAGAAUAUGCAACGAUUGAAUUAGGUCUUGGUGCAAGUGCACAAGAAUUGAAGCGCAAGAAAGUAACAAACAUUAAGUAUAAAGUUCGUGGACCUAUGGAAGUUCAUCUCAUUGGCAAUUCUGAUUUAAAGUUUGAUAUUUCACAAUCAGUAUCGUAUUUAAAAGAGCAAGGAUAUCAAGUUGAAAUUUAUCGUGUCCACCAACGAUCUACUAAGGGCAUUGUUUUUGCACAUCCCGAGCAACUUGAGAAACUUGAGAAUCAUGGAUGGUUGACUCUAAUUGAUUCCACCCAUAAAACAAAUAGAUAUGAUUGGCGUCUAUUUACACUGUACGUUUGCGACACUUACGGAUGCUGGAAUAUAGGUGUGCACUUUUUUGUGAGCAGUGAGGAUAGUGACACUGUUGCAGAAGCUUUAAAAAAAAUUCGCAGCUAUUGCCGUUGGACUCCCCGCUACAUCCUAUCUGAUCAAAG